GUCAUAUUAAGAAUAUGCCUAACUGGUUUACGCUGAGUGACGUUUUGUUUGUGGUGGGCGAACUUAAACUUGUUUUGUAUCGCUAAGAAUUUCUGAGUAAACCAAUCAGAAGCAGAGCAGGGCGGGUCAUCCUUUCGUUAUCCUGCCAAUACACGAUAGCCAUUGAUCGAAGCUAACGGAAACAAACCAGAGUUUGGGAUCACGUGAUGUUGCCGGAUGUGGACCAUUCAUUGGUGAAUUGACCUGCAUUAUCAUAGCUACAUCAUAGCCAUUAUGGAGCUGCCUUUUGUGCAGUGUUCCGAGUCUGUUUAAAACGUAGCAUAUCAAUUCACAGCGAUAGAGUCAACUGACAUGCAAAUGAUCUUGUUCUGAACAUACAGUCCUUUGUAAAGGAGAGAGCGGUAGAGGGGCUAGCUUUUGGUGUUAGGUUUACUCCUUGUCCUGCACCCGCUCGGCUCCUUUCCUCUCAGUUACCUCUGCUCUAUCGCCGCUAUGGGCGGCUCUCUCUUGCCGCUGCUCGUCGUCGUGCUGUCAGCCCGGUCGGCUACUGGAGACCCGGCGGGACCUGCUCAAGUCGACGGAGCUCCGCCUUCUAAAAUAGCGGUGGUUGGGGCAGGGAUAGGAGGCAGCGCCACAGCCCACUUCCUGCGGCAGCACUUUGGUCCUGAGGUCCAGGUGGACGUGUUUGAGAAGGGGGAGGUCGGAGGCCGUCUUGCCACCGUAACCGUCAAUCAUCAUGACUACGAGUCUGGAGGUUCCAUCAUACAUUCCCUCAACCUCCACAUGCAGGAGUUCGUCAAACAGCUAGGUUUGAAGUAUCGUCGUAGUGUGGCGGGUAAGACAGCUGUGUUUAAUGGCGAGGAGGUGAUUCUGGAGGAGACAGACUGGUACCUGCUGGACCUGUUUCGGCUGUGGUGGCGCUACGGCAUCAGCUUCAUACGCCUGCAGAUGUGGGUGGAGGAGAUCAUGGAGAAAUUCAUGAGGAUCUACAAGUACCAGGCUCAUGGUUAUGCCUUCAGCUCGGUGGAGGAACUGCUGGACUCUCUUGGAGGGAGUGGCUUCAUCAACAUGACCCGGAGGCCCCUCUCUGAUUCGCUGCUGGAGCUGGGUGUGUCACAGCGCUUCAUCGAUGAGGUCAUCGCGCCCGUCAUGAGGGUCAACUACGGGCAGAAUGUCAGCAUCCCCGCCUUUGUAGGUGCUGUGUCUUUAGCUGGUGCCCAGAACAACCUGUGGGCGGUGGAAGGAGGCAACAAGCUGGUGUGUUCUGGCCUGUUGAAGAUGGCAAAUGCUAAUCUGCUGCAAGCACAAGUCAACUCCAUCUCCUCAGUCUACUCAGCGGAGGCACACCAGUACCAGCUGACUUACACCACAGCAGCAGGGACGGGAUCAGAGCUGUAUGACAUUGUAGUGUUGGCGACACCUCUUCAGGAAAGCGUCAGGUCCGGAGUCCAGUUCCACGACUUCAACCCUCCAUUUGACCAGCUCCCGGGCAACUAUCACAGCACUGUAGCCACCAUUGUCCAUGGUUACCUCAACACCUCUUUCUUUGGUUUCCCGGACCCUCGCCUGUUCCCCUUCGCCAGCAUCUUGACAACUGAGACGGCUGAUCUGUUUUUCAACAGCGUGGCUAGCGUUUGUCCUGUCAACAUCUCGGCCGGCUUCCGACGCAAGCAGCCACAAGAGGCAGGAGUCUAUAAAGUCUUCUCCCCACAACCUCUGGACAAGGCACAACUCAAAAUGCUCUUCAGGUCGUACUAUUCAGUGCAGGUGACAGAGUGGCAGGCCUACCCCUGUUACAGCAGCAGCCAAGGACUGCCGCCUGUGGAGCUCCACCCCAAUCUGUAUUACCUCAAUGGCAUCGAGUUGGCCGGCAGUGCCAUGGAGAUGAGCUCAGUGGCUGCCAAAAACAUCGCCCUGCUGGCUUACCACCGCUGGAACAGGCAGACAGACAUGGUGGACCAGAGAGAUCUGAUGCACAGGAUCAAGACUGAACUAUGACCUUGUCAACUUGAGUGCAACAUGCUUCAGCAAAAUUACUCCAAAAUGUGUUUAUGCAGGGAAGCAAGGGUGGGGUUUCUGGGUAAUUGUAGCUCUUACAGCAUCGCAAAGCCGAUGGGCACACAUCUUCAGUUUAUACGCACACACUUCAGCUGUAUGUCCUGCUGGAGAAGGAAAAUGUCUGUAUUGGAGUACUAAAUUUUCACAGUUUGAACUGUGAUAACUAUUUGGUGUAUUUAGAGGGACAACCAAGCUAUAUUAUUUAGUACAGUACAUCCAACAUACCGGAUCAGUGAUUAAUCUGCUGAACAUAGUAUGACCCUGCUCCAUCCUACAUAAAUUUAAACAAAACAUAAAAAUUAAAACAGUAAGCAUGUAAGUGAAAUCAAGUCUAAUCUACAACUCUACUAAAUCAACUAAUUCUAAUCACUCCACUAAAGACAAUUGUGGUCCUGUGCUGCUGUUGACAGGCUUGUUUGAUUUCCCUGAUUGGUUCAUUCUCAGUGCUAGCAACAGAUAUUAAACAGUAUCAGAUGGGGAUUGACUUGACUGCAAAUGCUAAUUAGUGGUUUUAAUCAAAAAAGUCAGCUGCAGGCAGCUUUUCUUUCCCAAGAAAAAGGAAAAUGGGCUAACAAGGACAACACCAGCUGAUAUUUAAUAGCAGUAAAACGUGAAUUUAAUUGGGAGUCUUGUUUUAUUUAUUGGUGGUGUUAAUCAACAGCAGUCAGUAUGAGUAUCAGCCUAAAAUCCCUCCCUACUGCUCUGUGUAAUAAGUCUGUAUCCAAGUCAAGAAAGCACUGAAGAGACAGGAUUAAGAGCAAGAGCGAGACACUUUUAAACGGCUGCUGUAACAGCUGUGAGACAUAUGAGACAGAUCGGUGCGACAACUCUGGCACGUAAACCAGUAUUCUGUCAUAUUAUCAAAAACUGCAGCACUGCUAUUAUGGUUUAUAAAUUUAAGGACUUAAUGGACUGGCUGUUGGUGUGAACUGUGCCAAGGAGAUCUCAUUUGUAAAUUAAAAUCAUUAUUCAGUGACUCAUUCUAGUGGCCACUGGUGCUACGCUCUAAUGCCCCUUUCAUCAGACUGUUUCAUUAUCUCCUCUUCCUGCUGCUUUUGUUGCAUAAUCCAGCGGAAAGAAUUUUUUCAGAGAAUGGAGCCAACAAGCUUUCACACUGGACCAAAUAAAAGCAGAGGGCAGAUGGAGCUGCUGGUUGUGGUGAUGACACAAAAGCCUUGUUGAGAUCCUGCAUUUUUAAUUACCUCUGUAAUCUGAGGGGGGGGGGGGGGGGGGGUGAAGAAUUGAGGUUGGACAUCAACUUUAAGAAGCAAAGUGAUGGUAUAAGAAAGCAGUGACUGCUGAUUAUAAGACUGAGAAAUGUCUUGUUUUAUUCGUUACUGAUUUAUAACAAAGGAUUUUUGACAUCAGUGGUUUCUGGUUUCAGAAAAACUUGAAAUAUUAACUGAAAACCUUCUGACUCCAAGGUGCUUCAGAUAAUAGACAGUAUGAUUGUGUGAUGUGAAGGGAAAACUCCACAUCCCUUUAAUCUCAUGAAAUUGUUUCAAAAUGUCGUGAAAUGAUACGUUGGUGAAAUGAAGACCGUCGAUCUUUGGUUCUGAUCCUCUGACUUUUUGAUUUUUGGAAGGAGACAUUGGUGUUGAAUUAUUUCCAAUACUUUUUAGUGCUUUGAGCAUGACACGCAAAGUGCCAUUUAGUUCCAUUAUAUUCUAGAGAAGGCAGACAUCUCUACAGUCAAUAUCUCCAAAGAUCACACUAAAACUAGAUGCAUAAAUAUCUCCGCAGGUAGGAAGAGGGGGAAAUGGGGGAAACGUGUGUUUUUGGUUUUGUUGUGUCCCUUUAAGAGGGGAGGGAGGUGUUCAGCUGGUUGCAGUCUGCUACCUUGGCGCAAGAUGCCACUAAAUCCUACAGCCUGAAACAUUUAAUAAUGAUGCAUGAAUUGAUGAGCACUGAAUUGAUCACUGCUGUUUGUAUAAAGUAACAGGAGUACAGUAUUUUGUUAAACUACAGAUUCUCCGAGUGUGCGCGUUCAUGCUUGACUUUAUGAGAAGUAGUCUGAAAAAUUGUUUCAACUGGAGGCUUUUUGCAGAGCCUUCAUCACCUGCCUUCAGAUGCACUGAUUAAAAGUUGGGACAAAAGCGAGUUCUGUGUGAAAGUUCACUUUUAACCAGCGUUGCUCUGUACAGCAUGUAUCAGCAUAUUUAAUUUGCCUAAUAAACAAAAUAACGCAGCUUUUUGUAAUGCAUGAUGUGCAUUAUUCUGACUGCUGACAGAAUAAAAGGACUGGAUGGUUUGCCAGAAAUCUUUAAUUUUAAAAAAGUGUACUAAAGAUCAAGCUAUCACCUUCUGAUGUACCCUGGACAUUCAGGCUUUAUUUGCUAUUACUGUUUUCACAGACGAAAGGGUACUAAUUAAAAAAAAACAGUGCUGAAUCAAA